UGUUGUUGCUCGUCAAGUUUCUGUUGUGUGGCUUUUUUUGUUAAAGAGAAAUACCUUGUGUAAGACGAAAAGCAAAUAAAAAAAUUGCUUACAAACCUGUUUGUUACCUCUUCAAUUCACAAUUUUGAAGACUUUCAAGAAGUUACAGUAUACUUGAAAAAUGUUGCAUUGAAUAUAUUGUUAUUCAUUAGUGGUUAUAGUAUGCUUUGUGAAAAAAAAUAAUUUCUGAAUCGACAAUACACACACAGGUGUUUAUAUUUAUUUAAAUAUUUAUGUAUUAUUAAGAAUAUGAUGUACGGUGUCGUGCCAUUUGCAUAGAAAGAAUUGUUUCGAUGUUUCGGUUGAUGCAAAUGUUUUUCUUUUGUUAAAGAUUUAUCUGCAUUCGGAAAGUGAUUUUUAAGUGCCGAAAAAUUCGGAUUUUGUAUUUUGUAAUAGUGUUAAAUACUGACGAGACAAACCAACAAAAUAGCGCAACGACUUGAAUAGUGUGAUGUAAAAUAUAAAAAAAAAGAAAAAAAUAUUUAAAUGCUCGUGAGAAAACGGUUGAAUGAAAUAUCGUUUGUUUAUAGUUUGUUACGUGUUUACUCGUGUUCAACUAAACUGAAACCAUUAGCAUCAUAAUAUCACCUGCAAAUUAUACACCAAAUUCCAUCGCAUACUACUAAUUCAUACAUUUUCGGAUCACUUCUGGGAAACGGAUAACAAAAACUGAUAUUUUAGUACCACAGUGCUUUGUCCGGCCAAAUGACGUUAAGAAGGCAGCUGACGAGGCGAAAAUGCGUUUUGCACACAUCGAUGGUGAUCAUCUCACCCUGCUUAAUGUUUACCAUGCAUUCAAACAAAGUGGCGAAGACAAAAACUGGUGUUACGAAAAUUUUGUGAAUCACAGAUCGUUGAAACAAGCCGAUGAUGUGAGAACACAAUUGUCACGGAUUAUGGACAGAUUUAAUUUGAAAAGAACUAGCACAGAUUUCACAUCGAAAGACUACUACAUCAACAUUAGAAAGGCGUUAGUUCAAGGAUUUUUCAUGCAAGUGGCCCAUUGUGAACGCACUGGACAUUAUCUAACAAUAAAAGACAACCAGGUCGUACAGUUGCAUCCAUCUACAUGUUUGGACCACAAGCCCGAAUGGGUGUUGUAUAAUGAGUUUGUCUUAACAACAAAGAAUUACAUUCGCACCGUUACCGACUGUAAACCUGAAUGGUUGCUGAAAAUUGCCCCACAAUACUAUGACAUGAACAAUUUCCCGCAGUGUGAGGCGAAACGACAGUUGGAAAUGAUGCAAGCACGGAUGGAUUCGAAACAAUAUCAACAAGGAUUUUAAGAUUUAGCUUCGGUUUUUAAGAAAAAAAAAACCACAAAAAAAAAAUAUUUCACAAUUCAACAGAUUUAUAUUAUUAAAUGUGGAUGAAGCGAACGCAAUUCUGUUUUCGUUUUGAUUUUGCUAUGAUUGUAAUUUUCACUUGAGUUGGAUCACACGAAUAAAAGAGAAAAUUAAUGAGAGA